AUGUCAAAUUCGCCAGCUCUUUACAAAUUCUCAUAUAUACAUGACAUAUUUAACUAUGCUACAGCAGUAUCUUGGCUUUUAGGCUAUUGUAGUCUGUUUUUAAAACUUCAUCGUGAUCAAAACGCAGCUGGUCUGUCUCUACAAACGCUAUUUAUGUUGGUACUAACAGAAUUAAAUCAUGUGCUCAUCCUAAUAGUAAUGACAGCUUACUUUAAAGUACCUUUAGGUAUUGACUUCUAUAUAUGUGAUUGUUCGACAGUAUUAAUUUCACUGGCGACAUUUUCCUAUAUAAUAUUCUCUUUCUACGAUUCAUAUGAAGAAGAAAAAGAUACUUUUGGAUUAAAUGUGGCAAGUUGCAUCUUUGAAAGUAUUAUUGGAAAGACAAAUAAGAAUGAUGUAUUGGAAAGGAAGAUUCAUACAUUAGCCAAGAGAUUUCACUGGAUUGUAGCAUACUUAAUCUCUCUUUUGGCAAGUAUCCCCCUUUUCCUCUUCAGAAGAUCUCAUUUACCUAUGUUACUUUCAUUCUGGGAGUGUUAUAUUGAUAUGCAACUCACUUUUGCUCUAGUACCUCAACUUUAUAUGUUUUACAACAAGAAACCUCGCAAAGUAUCAUCUCUAUUGGCUCACUUUGUUGUGUUCAUUUUACUUGCAAGAAUCCUAAUGCUUCUAUAUUGGGCAACAUAUCCUUUAUUUAAGUAUACAAGUAUUCCCGGGAGGAAGUUACAUAUUACUACUGAAUUUCUUAAUAUAAUUAUCCUAGCUCAUUUCAUGUUCUAUUUCAUACGUGCCAAAUUACUUGGACAAAGAGAUAUUCCUCUUCCUAUUUAA